CACGUAUACGCUCUACUACGGAACGAAUACAGAGUAGUGUGCAGUAAUCAGGAGAAUAUUUUGGCUUAUUUUGUAACACAUUUUAGGUUGAAAAUUAAAUCAUAGCAAUUUAUUUUCAGAAUAAUUAUGCUUGCAAUAAUUGUGAUUGAGUUUUAACGAGAGAAUCAUGUGCGACAAUGUGAAUAACAAUCCAUUUGCUGGAUUGUUUUCAACUAUCAACGAUGCCGUGUCAUUCUCCUCUCAAAGUCAGGCAAUUAUCAACGAAAAUAAUAGAGUUAGUUAUGUUGCGCAACUUGGAGAUAAAAAUGUUGACAAUAUUACGGGAAUCAAAAAUUUGCAAGGUUCCAAAGAUUCUAGAAUCGAUAAUCAGGUUAACCGCCUUCUUGGCGAUGUAUUUGGAAUAACAUUACACGAAAUAGGAGCAAAUGAACACCAAAAACGAAGAUUAGUUCUCGUUAAUGUUGAUUCGAUCGAACAAGCAGUUUUUGAACGAUUAAUGUUAUCUGAUCUUGAAUCUAAAUUAGUACCUAUAGACAAUUCUCAACAAGUUCUUAGCGAUCCUCAUACAACAGAAAAACAAGUAAUACCUUAUUUGUUUGAGAGUUAUUGUCGAUUGCAACUGUAUCAAAACAAACCAGAAUUAUCUGAUGUCCUUUGUAAAAUAAGUCGGGUUAUAUUACAAAAUGCAAGUGUCGCACUACAAGAGCCAGAAUUGUUUGAAGAACAAGAGAUUUAUAACCAGUUUAUUGCGUUAUGUAUGGAUGAAACUGGGCCCAAAUCAGAAUUUAUAUUAUUUGUCAAUGGUAUUGUGUCCGAGUUACAAAAUGAAAAUGGAAAAAAUGCUAUAGAUGCAAUAACUGUGUCUUUUAAACCUAUUCUUGAUAUAAUUUACAAAGAAGCAGCACAAAGUAAUCUUGUCCUUUUUCGUCAAUAUUGGUUUACUAUAUUAAAUCUUUUUUCCUCGAUAGAACCCUUAGCUAAAUUAGUAAUUGAUCAUAGUACUCCUAAAAGCAAUCAAGGCCGAGCAUAUGCAGAUACAUUAUUAGGUGCACUUUUUAGCUUGAGCUGUUUACCAAAAACAAUAGAAGAGCCAUUUUAUUUUUUUGAGAAGCCAUUGCAACAGACUUCAGUUGAAGGAAAUAUUUGGACAGCCUUAGAUGCAUUAAACGAAUCAUUGCAAAAGGUUUUUCAUUUACUGUUAAAAUGUUCGACAGAAGUUCGUCAUUUAACUUUACAAUGGAUAGGCAAUUGUCUUCAUUCAAAUGCAAAUAGGGGAAAAAUUUGGAAUACUCAGAAUGAUGUGAGCUUCAACUCAAUGUUAUGUGUUUCUGAUGGUUUCAUGUUAAAUUUAGGAAAUGUGCUAUUGCGUCUUUGUCAACCAUUUUGCAUUAAACAAAAUGAUUCUAAAGUGCCUAAAAUUGAUCCAACAUAUUGUGCUGCAGAUGUUAGUGAUCAGGAUGAAUGUAUAAAUUCAAAUAUACAUUUAAAAGGAAUGUCUUCAGAAACUUGUUUGAUACCAAUGUCAGAAGGUGGUGCCAGACCAGUUGCAAAAACAUUUGGUUUUACUACUGAGUGCUUUUUCUUAACCCAUAGAGCAUUAGAUCUUGGAUACAGAGUAGUGUUAGAUAAACUUUUAAGAACAAACCAAGAUUUGGUAAGAAUACAGAGAGUAUAUCAGGAUGCACAGAAUGGUGGUAGAUCGGAAGUAUUUGAUAUAAUAACUCAACGCAUGGAAGAAGAAAUGACCAAGUAUUUAUCUCUAAGAGCAAGCCUUUUAGUACCAGAGAUGUUAAAACUCUUAGCAAAAUUUCAUGCGACAACAGCAUUUUGGUUAGUACAAGUAUAUUUAAAUGAUAUAAAGAUCGGAGAAAAUGAAGAAAAUUACAUUCCAAAGGAAUGUAAAGAGGUGAAGUUCCCUUUACCAGGAACUGUUCCAGAUACUUUGAGAUGCAUUCCGGAAUUUGUGGUAGAAAAUACUAUUAGAUUUUUGUAUUUAUUACGACGCAUAAAUCCAAAUAUUUUUGAAGAACAAGGGCCAUCCUUUCUAACGCCUGUAUUAACAGAGAUCAUAGUAUUAAUGGAGUCUCAACAACGUUUAUAUAAUCCUCAUCUACGUGCACGUCUAGCAGAAGGCUUAGAGGCACUUUUACCUACAAGCGAUGAAACUAUGAGCCCUGUAACACCAAGCUUAGGGACAUUCCAUAGAGAACAAUUAUUUAUCACACAUCCAUAUAGACAAUAUAUUGUUCCGAAUUUACUUAAAGUAUUCGUGAGCAUUGAAAUGACUGGACAAAGUGUACAAUUUGAACAAAAGUUUAAUUAUCGGCGACCAAUGUAUGUUGUUAUGGAGUACUUGUGGAAAUUACCAGAACAUCGUAAUAAUUUCAUUUCUUUAGCAGAAGAAGCAGAAGCCAAUAUGGAAGCAGCUCAGCCUCCAUUAUUUUUGCGUUUUAUAAAUCUUUUAAUGAAUGAUGCAGUUUUCUUAUUAGAUGAAGCACUUUCAAGUAUGGCUCAAUUGAAACAAUUGAUUCAAGCAAGGGAAAGUGGAGAAUGGAACAAACUACCACAACAUGAACGUGAUCAACAAGCUCAUUAUCUCUUACAUCUUGGAAUGAUUGCACGAUUUGACAAUAUAUUAGGUAGAAAAACUAUAUACACAUUAAAAAUGUUAACUACAGAAAUAAAAUCCAUCUUUUGUCAUCCAACAAUGGUGGAUCGUAUUGCCUCGAUGCUUAAUUAUUUGUUGCUUCAGCUGGUUGGGCCAAAUAAAAAAAAUUUAAAGGUUAAUGGACAGAAAGAGUAUGCGUUUCAUCCAGCAAAUUUAGUAUUAAAUAUAUGCGAAAUUUAUAUUAAUCUUAGUCAGAAUGAAUCUUUUACGCUUGCUGUUUCACAAGAUGGUCGUUCAUACAGUUCGGAACUGUUCAAACUGGCUGAUAACGUUCUUGUUCGUAUCGGUGGUGUGGGUAUAUUAGGCGAUUUAGAUCAAUUUGCAAAAAAUGUCGAGGCAGCCGCAAGUCAUAAGAAGGAGGAAGACGAAAUUUUAAUCGAUGCUCCUGAUGAGUUUCUAGAUCCAAUUAUGUCUACUUUAAUGACAGAUCCUGUUGUUCUUCCAUCAUCAAGGAUAACUAUAGAUCGGCAAACCAUUGCAAGGCACUUAUUAAGCGAUCAGACCGACCCGUUCAAUAGAUCUCCUCUUACUAUGGAUAUGGUAAAAUCAAAUGUUGAACUUCAACGUAGAGUACAAGAAUGGAUACAACAAAAGAAGCAAGAAAAGAUGAGAAAUUACCAUUGAUUACCAAAGAAUGAAACAUAGUCAGUAAAGUUAAGCAAGUCAAUAUCAAAGUAUAAUUUUCACGUUUAAUACUUUCUGAAUUUUUUAAAAAAGAAUUUAAUUUUCAGAUUUAUUAAAUAUAAUCAAUGGCAAGUCCGAUAUUUUGCGGUAUUUGAUUUAAAUUUUGUUGUUUCAUAACUUACAGAGGUAUAUAUUUUUCUAUAUAAAUCCUCAUAGAUAUGUACAGAUACUAAGUGUGUACUGUAAUUAUUGUCAUUCUAUAAAAUUUUUAACACUGUACUUUGUGCAAAGAAUUGUCUUGUAACGGUAUAUAUAACAAUGUAAGCAUAGAGCUGAACGUUGUUGUUAUUGUAUAAUACGUGUAAAAACUACUCGUUAUAAAGUUUUCGUUUCGACUCAAACAAAAUAAAUGUUAUUGAUGAGUUUAAAA